CCCUCACCGUCGUUUUAGUUGAGGGUGGUGGUGGGCCGGUAGUGACUGUGUAACAAUCUCCGGUUAAGGCCGAUUCAUCUAACUGCUACUGAGAGGUGAAGUGUAGGCCGUUAGAAUCGAUGGAACUCGAGGAGCAUUUGUAGCCAGCUAUCGCAUUCAGUCACUAGUCACCGCUUGUCGUGUUCGGAUUCAAUUUUCCGUCGUUAGCUACAACACCAUAAACAAUUGAUGUGAUGUGAUCAUGUGUUAAAGGAUAUUUUUUGAUAAAUAAAAACAUAUUUAUCUGUGAUUUAUUUUCGUAUUUCAUUGAGAGUAAUUAAUAGUUCGCAACUUCUGAAGGCUGUCGCCGCACAUGUUUACGUGUGUGAUUGUUGAAAACGGUACAUGCCACUAGUUUCUAAUCAGAGCAUGUGUGUGAAAAACCUCGUUGUGAAUGGAGAUAAUGCAAUGCAAUGCAUAUGCUUAUUUACUGAGGGUGCAUUACACUGUGUCACAGUUUCAUGCGAUAUAGAAGAGCGACAUUUUUGUUACAAUCGGUGCCAAUUUACUGGAAGAAAUUGAAGAAAUUUGGUGCAACUCGAAAAAAAACUUAAAGCAGAGCAGAGCUACUAAACCAAUAACAAUUCCUACAAGGCAAUAAGGCUGUGAUAUCUGUUAUAAAAAAGUAGAAGAAGAAGAAGAAGUGAAUACAACAUUUGAAAAAUUCCAAAGCUACCUAAAUAGUUUUGAAUGAAAAGGAAUCAGUUGACGGAAAGUGAGGAGGAAGAACAUAACCCUACAGCAACAGAUAGUAGAGUAACCUGCUGGAAGAAGACCGAUAGUGGCGGGGGGGAAAGCGCAGAAUAUCCGUACGGCCACAUUCGACGGGGUGUCAUCGGUCGACUGAACGUCGUCAUGAGUGCCACCGGGAUGGAAAACAUGGAGGGAGCCGAGUCGACACACAAUACCAAAAUUUCCGACUCGGGUUACUCCAACAGCUGCAGCAACAGCCAGUCCCAGAGGAGUGGCAGCUCCAAAUCCCGUCACAGCGGAAGCAACUCGUCCGGCAGCAGUGGAUAUGGCGGCAAGGGCAACAACACCCAGACAGCUAUGGAUGGACCCAUCCCACAUCCGCCGAUCAAGCGCACAAAGGAGAAGGAUCGCAAAAAGAAGAAGCAAAAAACUUCGGUCGAACCCAGCCAGCAGACCAGCUGCGGCACCGUGACCGAUGAGUCAUUUUCGGUAGCGACGGUAGCAGAACCGUGCGAGCAAACCGGAACAAUCGCUUCCGCCGCAGGGCAGUGUGAAGCCCAGCAGCAGCAGCACGGUCACGUUAACGAAACGGGUGUCCCGAGUGCCAUUGUCGUCAAAAGCAACGACGAAACUACCGCAAAAGAUGAGAGCUUGGCGCCGCAGGAUUCAGCUGUUGGACGUGAAGCUACCCGGAUGUCAUGUGUACUUCCAGGACCAUCACCAGUGGGCUGCAGAGCUACACCGAUGGAGGAAAGUCACGAAACCGAUUGCGAGGAGUUGAAAGCCAUUAAGAUACCACCGCAGGGUCCGCAAAUGACAAAAUCGGAAACGGAAAAUGGCUUUUGCUGCGUUAUAUCGAUGCACGAUGGGGUGGUUCUAUUCACGACGCCAAGCAUUACGUCCAGUUUGGGUUUCCCGAGUGACAUGUGGCUGGGUCGAUCGUUUAUCGACUUCGUUCAUCCGAAGGACCGAGCGACGUUCGCCAGUCAGAUUACGUCGAAGGUGGUCGUCCCGCUGGGUGAAUCCAAGAAUGGUUCCGGCCAUAAGGACCAUAAAAAUUCGCUCUACGUGAUGCUGAGAAAGUACAGGGGUUUGAAAAGCGCUGGUUUUGGAGUUACCAAAACUACGGUCAACUACGAGCCCUAUCGGCUGGUGUUGACUUUCCGGGAAGCACCAAGUGAGAAUAGUGAAGUCAUUCCAAAUACCGGGAGAAACAUUCUGCUGAUCAUUUCGGCUACUCCGGUCAAGAGUGUCUACAAUGCACCGAAUGAACCACUGCAGGAUAAGCAAGUCAAGUUCAGCACUCGCCACUCGACCACCGGAGUAAUGAACUACGUCGAUGGAAACUCGGUUGAAUCCAUUGGUUACCUGCCGCAGGAUAUCUUGGGCCGGUCGAUUAUGGAACUGUACCAUCCGGAAGAUAUGCCCAUCUUGAAGAAUGUCUACGAAACGGUUAUGGUAAAAGGGCAGACGGCGGGAGCGUCGUUCGUAAGCCAACCCUACCGGUUUCUGGUGAGCAACGGAUGUUACAUUUUGCUAAAAACGGAGUGGGCCAGCUUCGUCAAUCCGUGGUCCCGGGAGUUGGAGUUUGUCAUUGGGAAUCACAUCAUUCAGGAAGGGCCCUCGAAUCCGGAUGUGUUUGCGUCGAAAUUCUACUGCAAAGAUUCUCAUCCCUUCCCGGAUGAACUGCUGAAGGAGGCGAGGACAAUUGAAGAGCAGAUCUUGCGGCUGUUGAGGGAACCCGUAGCGAAGCCCUCCGAUAUGGUAAAACAGGAGGUUUCGAAACGAUGCAAAGCACUCGCCUCGUUCAUGGAGGAACUGAUGGACGAAGUGACGCAACCGGAACUCAAACUUAACGUGUUGAAUGAAUCUGAUUUUACAUUUUCCGAACGGGACUCCGUCAUGCUUGGGGAAAUAUCGCCACAUCAUGAUUACUUUGACAGCAAAAGUUCUUCCGAAACACCGCCCAGUUACAAUCAGCUCAACUACAACGAUAACCUGCAACGGUUUUUCGAAAGUCGGCCAGUAAUGAACGUAAAAGAAUCGGUAAAGGUCGAUUCGUCCGUUAGAACUAAUACGGAGACGAUUGACGGGGAUCAACGCUUCAGUGGCAGUGGUGGUGAGAGCGGAGGCAGUGCAGGGAACUUCAGUUCCGAGAGCAAUGCCCAGACGGACAGCACUACCAAUACCACGAGAAACACGGGAACUUCUUCGGGAAGUUUCCAUCCUCCGGCUCUAACUGAAGAGCUACUCUGUCAGCACAACGAAGAUAUGCAGAAGGUUAUGUUGAAGAAGCACCGUGAAGCACGCACUCUGGCGAGGGGAACCGAUAAGAGCAAGAAAGGACCGCCGGAUAAAACCUAUGCCAACAUUAUCGCUCACGGAGUUAAACGAGGAUCAUCCCAUUCGUGGGAAGGAGACAUUCAUAAGACUGUCAAACAUCAGCACAAUCCUGACACCGCUACCGACUACCAACAGCAGCCACAGUCGCAGGCACUUACAAAACCUUCACACCUGCCAGGUUCCGCCGUUCCACAUCCUUGUUCAUCCAUCGUCACGACUACAGCAGUCUCGAUAGGAUCACAGUUGCCUUCGGUCUCACACGCAUACACGUUCCCCCGUCCACCGUUCUCCGUGAGCGUUACGACGAUACAUGCCACUCAGAGUGCAAACGUAAACACAAAUAUCGUGCCAUCAAACGCCAGCAUCUUCCCCACCUUGUACUACAUCCCGGCGCCUCCCCAGCCGACUUCAUCGAGUCUUGAAUUACAACUACCUCGCCUAAACUCCAUCACUCUGCCAUACAUGGCCGGUGUCAUGUAUCCACAUCCACAGCUGUACCAGCAGUCCGUGCUGUACCCUCCGAUGAUGUACCACGCCAUGCCCUACCAACCAGUUCCUCCACCGUGCGGACUUGCUUCCGGUGCCCGAAACCAGCAGCAACAGCAGCAGCAGCAACCACCACAGCUUCCAGCAAACCAAAACGGUUCAAAUGGGAUGCACAGUCAAUCUGGAUUUCCGGACAGAACCGGUCUCUGCGACAUCGGCAGCAAACAUUCGGUUCAAAGCCUUCCACCGUCGGCCGGGAGAGGAUGCAGAUCCCAAGUGCAGACACAGCGCUUCCAACGGUCACCGUCCCAGGCAACCUCGGUCAAAGCGGAACCCGGAUCCAAUAUGGGAAGUAUUGCAUCGGCGUCGAUGGUUAACCGGGCCUUUUCAGAGUCAUCCAAGAAAGGAUGUACAGAUUCACCGGGGAUCUCCAACGUAGGCGGUGACUUCCAGCUGGAAGAUAUGACCAAGCUGCGGUCCAGAGGGACCAAAACGCCCGGCCAUCUCGGAGAAAUCAGCGACGAUAUGGAUGAGUCCAGUUUCUCCAGCUUCUACUCGAGCUUCCUAAAGACUGAUAACUCGUCGGAUAGCAACGGUGCCGAGAAGAAGGAAUCGAUCGAGAUGAUAUGGGACAGUAGUUCAGUCAAAACCAGCCAAACGAAGCGAAGACCCAAUCCCCCCUGGUUGGACAACGUUUGUCAAACCAAGGAACUGAUCUACCGGUACCAGAUCAACGAACGAUCCGUAAAGGACCUCCUGGACUCUGAUUUGGCCGCGCUGAAGAAUCUCAACCAGCCCAUUCUAGUCAAUGACCAACUCGGUCAACUCUAUCUGGAUCUCGAGCUGGAAGGUCUUUCGGCCAAACUCUCGCUGAGCGACACCACCUCCGGCAGUAGCAGCGACGAUUGCGAAUCUCAAAACAAAACCAGGAAAGUCAAACGACAAAUGAAGUACAGCAAGCUGGUCAUGAUCUACGAGGAGAAUGCCCCAUUUCCUCCACCGCUGGCACCCGUCAGUGGCAGCCAAUGAUCCGGCAGCCGGUGGGCGACUGCAUUGGUUCGUUAACAAUGUCGUGUAGAUUCGAGCACAGUAUUAUCGUAAAACGAAUACAAAUGUGUACAGGAGAAGGGAAUACAAUGUGAUUGAAUCACCAAUGUUCCGAGGUCUGAUGCUUUAGAAGUGCUGUUAAUGAACUGUUGGGAUUUUAGGAUCCUUUGGAUCCGAUAGUAGAUAUACAUAUUUUGUCAAAUGACAUUCAUUUUUCAAUAGCUUUAAGUUACUAUUUUAGAUGCAUAUUUUUAUCAUCAAAUGAGAAGCAUAACAUUUUUAAUAAAAGAUAAAAACAA